CACUCACAGGACCACAUAAACAAGGUGUGAUCCUUGUGUUUCUACCUGAGAGAGGACAGCUGACUUACAAGAGAAGGUUCCUCCUGAGAAGGUAGGGAGGCAUCAGGGGCUUAGACUUUCUCAGCAGUAAGUGAGCAUCUCAGAGCCCCUAACACCUCUGUUGGGUGAAACCAGAUACCAUCCCCUGAUGCCCAGGCAGCCUUCCCAGUGGCUCUUCUCCCACUAAACCUUUCAAGGGUGUGUGAGGCUUGAGGGGAGAAUAGGCAGAACAAGCCGGUGUGGGCAGGCCUUAAGGGGUGAAGGGAACCCAGUGAAAGAUCUGCAAGCAGCCCAGGGAGGACAGACUCAGACUCCAAGACACACAGUCUCAGUGACUGGGAAGCAAUGAGGAAGAGUGUCUCCAGGGACAAUGCCAGAAUCAGACCGAGGUCACCAUGAUCUGGAGAACUUUCCCGAAGGAACUGCAGCCCUCAGCAGCUCUGAAGGUCUCCAGAUAACCAUGGAGUUUUAUCUGAACUCUCUGGCUCUGGAGGUUGGCUGGGCUCCCAGCCUUGGUGAUCUGAGCCCCUCCUUAGGGCUCCUGGUGGCCCCAAGCUGGUCCUGCUGGCCAUCUUCCAGGGGCCGUACUUGAUCUCAGACUCUUCCCUUAUCUCCUGCUACCAGCAUCUUCAUCCACCUUCAGGACUCUUGGCCACACCCCUGCCUGUUGGAAUCUGUUGCAGCUGCCAAAAAGGCACAGUUGGUUAUUUUUGCGAAAAGUAAUAAGGGCUCUGCAGAAGCUCUGGAGCUUGGCGCUUCCUCUGGAUCUCCAGGCUCUCUCUCUGAUCACUACCUGUAGACAUUGUCCCUGCCUUGGAUUUGCCAAGAACCAGGCUGAUCCCCUCAAAGUCACCAAGAUGUCCCCAGGAAGCAGGGCAGCUGCAUCAGAGCAAGGGAUGGCAAAGACACGCUGUGGACGUGCAUCUCUACUGCGCUGCACUGUUGCCUUCCUCUUCCUUCAGCUCCCACCUCCUGGAAAUGGAAGAGCUGAUUUCCAAGUCCAAGGGCCUCAUGCCCCCGUGCUGGCCCUGGUUGGGGAAGAUGCAGAGUUGUCAUGUCGACUGGUCCCCAGCAUCAGCACUGAAGGCAUGGAGCUGAGGUGGUACAGGAACCAGUCCAGCCCAGCUGUACUCGUGCACAGGAAUGGGGAGGACGUGCAUCAAGAGCAGAUGGUGGAGUAUCAGGGAAGGACGAGCUUUGUGAGUGACCAUGUAGCCAGGGGCGAGGCCACACUGAGGAUACAUAACGUCACUCUGUUUGACAACGGCACCUAUCACUGCCUCUUCAAGGAGGGCACUUCCUCCAACCAGGCCACACUCUGGCUGACAGUGGCAGUUCCUAUAUCCUCAGCUCCCCUCUCCAGGCCUCCUCUCACAGAGUGGCAACUAUCUCUGUCUCUGGCCCUCGCUGCUCUGGGAUUCCUGGUCUCUGGAGUACUCUGCUGUUUAGGGAAGCAGCAAAAGAAAAGUUCCCAGACACUGCUAGAAGAGACAGAGCAAGAAGAAACAGCACAGAGGCCACAAGCCAGCAGUACCAAGGCUGAGCUAUUCCACGUGAGCCCCUCACUGGACCCUGACACAGCAAGUCCGAAACUCAUGGUGUCAGAGGAUCAGAAAAGUGUGAAGAGGCUGCUCUUCGACCAGUACCUGCUCCCCAACUCUAAGAGAUUUGACCAGGACCCCUGUGUCCUGGCCCAAGAGCGGUUCUCGGCUGGGAGAUACUACUGGGAAGUUGAGGUGGGAGACAGACAGGCCUGGAUUCUGGGGGUUUGCCUGGAGAACAUAGAUCGAGAAGGCUGGAUCCCCAAAUCCCCCCAGCAUGGCCUCUGGGCAGUGGAGUUGUAUAAGAAGAGAUUCUGGGCUCUCUCCUAUCCAAGAACUCGCCUCUCUCCUUCCCAGCCCCUCCAACAGCUGGGCAUCCUCCUAGACUGGGACGCAGGGGAGAUUUCCUUCUACAAUGCCACCAAGGGGUCCCUGGUCUACAGGUUCUCUGAACUGUCUUUUUCUGGCCCCCUGCAGCCAUUCUUCUGCCUCUGGACCCAUGAUCCUAGACCCCUGACCAUCUGCUCAGUGGCCAGAGAGACCCAGGAAGACACAAGCCCUCCCUGGAGGCCUGUCCUUUCCCCCAGAGGUCCUGGAGACUUCUGCUGAGGGAGAACAGCACCCAUAAGCCCUGGCUUCUGCUUCCUGGUGACAUCAAUCAUAUUCUGUGUGCAUGAGGGCAGUGUCAGGGCUGGCUUGCUGCCUUUCCCAAAUUCCUGUGCUGAACUCCUAAGCCCAGGACCUCAGAAUGUGACUGCCCUUGCAGAUGGGCCUUCAAGAGGAAGUCAGUGCCUUCAUGUGAGUGGUCCUGAUGUCACAGAUCUGGUGUUCCUGUGAGAAGAGAUUGGGACCCAGGCACAUGAAGGGGAAAGCCUGUGAGGACUCAGACGGGCGCUCUCACAAGCCACAGAUCUGGCCUCAGAAGGAACCAAGCUGCCCACACUCGGUCUCAGACCUCAGCUUCUGGAAGUGAGAGGAAAGGGCUUUCUGCUGUGUAAGUCACUCCAUCUGCAGAACUUUGUGAUGGCAGCUCUGCUGUGAUAAAACCACACCAUUAUCAGCUCAGCAUUGUCUACUUCUGCCACGUACCUGGGUGCAUAUGUAAAAUAUCCAGCUCGAGUUGGACAGGUAGUAGUCACACAAUAAUUGCCAGCCGUCCUCUCCUGUCCUCCCCCUCCUCCUCCUCCAUCAUCUUGGCCAUUCUUCUCUCCUUCUCCUCCUCUCCUCUCUUCCACCUCUCCCUCUUCACCUCUGCUCCCUACAGCAAUCACUCAGACAUCUGGUCUACCUCAAGUCCCUUCUUCCCUCUCUGUGAGAAGUCAGAACAAGCCAAAGAUUCCUGGGCAUUGGACAGCAUUCAGCCAGGACUGGAACCACAUAAGCCUUUUGGCAGAGAGAGUAGACUAGAAGCAAGUGUCAAUGAGGCACUGAAGAACCCAGGAGACCAGAAACAAGGAAACAUGGGAGGAACGAGCUGCCAACUACCAUGGCUGAGGGCAGAGGGGAGAGAGAGCAAAGGAAGGCACAGAGGUGCUGCUCAGGACACCCAGGCCAGUGGGAAUGCAGUCUGGCCAGGUGCCAUGCUGCUGGGUGGCCCUGAGAGGGACAGGCUUGACUGUGUCUAGCCAUGACCCUCCUCCUACUGCCAGUGGCAAAGCCCACCAGGCAGCAGUGGGGGGUGAGCUUUUAGAGCCCAGCCCACUGUAGGAGGCCUGCCGUGUGCCCUGGGCCUGCUGCAGAGCCAGGCACAGGGCUCAAAACAGGGUCUGUUCUUCCCAGUUCUGAAGCCCAGCUUUGAAAUCAAGGGUCAACAAGGCUGGUUUCCCCUGGAGGCUAUGAAGAGAAUCCAGGCUGGGCUCAUUUGCAGCUUCUGGGGCUGCCAGUCUUCCUUGCCUCAUAGAACUGCUGCUCCGAGCGCUGCCUCUUUCGUCACACCACUGACUUCUCCCUGUGUUUAAAAUCCCCUGGCCUUUCUCUCAAAAGGACACAUGUCGUUGGCAUUAGGACUCACCUCAAUGCAUCAUCUCUUGUUGAGGUUCCUGCCUUCAUUAAUUCUGCAAAGGCGUUUCCAGAUGAAGUCCUGUUCUCAGAAGCCAGGGGUCAGGACCUGGACAUGUUUGGGGAUCCUGAAUCCACCCAGAGUUCUGGCCAGAUGAUUGGCACACUAUUCCACGUGUUGGCACCUCCUCAGAAUUGCAGGGACGUGUGGUGAGCAAGAGCCCUGAAGGGAUCUGUAGAUGUUUUGAGACACAAGUUCUUCACACACAAAUAAGGAACUCCUAGUGCUCUAGGUUUGUAAUCCAGAGCACAGGCAUGGAUUACCAGUGGAGAGGCCAGACAGUCCAGGGAAGCAGGGGUCCAGACUCAGCCUUUGGGAGAGGCCAGGAUUUAUAUGGACAGGAAUAGGAAGGGUGACAUAAAAGUCCAUCUUCCUGCCCUCCUCAUAGCCCUCUCACUCAACCUCAGUGUAAAGCCUUUCUUAACAAUGUUCUUCUCUUAUGAGUGUGAUGCUUGUAUGCAGUGAGUGUGCUGGUUCUAAGGGCACAUGCUAGUGGAUUUGGUCACAGCAUACACUGGUGCUAUGGCACCAUCAAGAGACUAGACAUUCCCUCAAGUCUGGUAGAAAUGGAGCCCCUAUUCCACUCCCACCCCUACUAGUCCUGAUCUGCCCUCCACAGCUCUAGUUGUCUUUUAAUUAUCUUUGGUCUCACUUUGGAAUAUCCAUUACAUUUAGUGACAUCAUUCAUCCACCGGUUUUCCUGAUUUUCUGACAUAGCUACAUGGUGUUCCCUUUACCCUGUGCUGGAAUUUCAUGGAAGCAGACCCUGUGUUUGUCCAUUGGACUCCCAUGGUAGUCCACUGUCCUCUGUCAUACAAGACACCUGUGGCUGGGAGACUUGUAAAUAAGAGGCUCCUGUAGCUCUCAGUGCAGAGACUGAGGUCCACACAGCAUGAUGCUGGAGGACUCUCUGGCCUCAUUCUAUCUUGGUGGUUGUCAUUAGACUGAAAGAAAGACCACCCACAGGCAGCCAGGAAAAAGGUCUUGGAAAAGAAAAGGGGAAGAGAGAAUUGGGAAGUUGAGCUACCUGUAGCCUCAAGGAUAGUUCCUUAGCCCCUAGACAGGACCAACCAUCAAUGGUACUUUCUCCUGCAACAGAGCUUCACUCCCAUUCAUGUGCUGAUUAAGGCUUAGAGAUCACUUUUCUCCAGAUUUCCUGAAGAAGGCAAAAUAGAGUUGAUUGUCCCCUUUCUGAAUCCUCUAUUCCACCAAUCAUCUAUAAGGACAGACCAGCCCAGAUAGCUGACAUCUGUGGACACCCCUCUCUUGGGACCCCUCCCCUUUUGGAGCCCUGCUUGCUUCCUAUUUCCGUAAUAAAUCCUGUUAAUUUUCUCUUA